AUGGACUUGGGCCUAUUGAUCACAGAUGAUAAUGGAGAGGAGGAGAAAGGUUCUCAGAGACAUAUCACGCAAAACAUGCAGGUUUUGGUCAAGGGACUGAAGACACAUGUCUUUAGUUUUGAAGAUGACAAGUCGGUUGGAGAUCUGAAGGUAGAGAAGCAGGAGAAGAAGAAAAAGAAGACUGGUCGGGCAAAGAGGCGAAUGCAAUACAAUCGCAGAUUCGUGAAUGUGGUUCAGACUUUUGGACGCAGGAGGGGACCCAACACCAAUUCCUAAUUUCAAUCUCCAGAUUGAACAUGAUGCUCUGAAUCCAAUAAAGCUUAUUCUGAACCCUUCA